GUCAUGAGUUUCUGGGCAGAUCAGGGAACUUCCCGGCGCGGCACCGGCGCACAGCGCCCCUUGCUGGAGCACGGACUCAACGGUUAGAGCACGUGGCGGUUUCGAGCGCGUUGGCGAUGUCGCUGUUCAGUUUGAGGUCCCCAAGCAUCGAGGAGGCGUCGUCAGCGAGGCAAGAGGGACAAGACGACCGCUCCGACUCACUUUUGGACUUUCUCCCAAGAAUGAAAAUGCUUCCGUUGGGUAUCUGGACGCUGCUGGCCUUGAUUCCUUGUCCAGGGACCACAGAAGAGCUGUUUCAGGUGUCUGUUCAUCCAAAUCACGCCCUGGUCCAGUUUGGACACUCCCUAACCGUCAACUGCAGUACCACCUGCCCAGACCCUGGGCCCAGCGGAAUCGAGACCUUCUUAAAGAAAACCCAGCUGAGCAAAGGGUCCCAGUGGAAGGCGUUUCUCCUGGAGGACAUCACGGAGAACUCUGUGUUGCAGUGCUUCUUCUCCUGUGCAGGCGUGCAGAAGGACGCUGCCCUCGGCAUCAGCAUGUACCAGCCACCAGAGCAGGUGAUCCUGGACCUGCAGCCUGAGUGGGUGGCCACGGAUGAAGCCUUCAUGGUGAAGUGUCACGUGCCUAGCGUGGCACCCCUGCAGAGCCUCACCCUUACCCUCCUCCAGGGUGACCAAGAACUGCACAGAAAAGACUUUCUGAGUUUAUCUUUGGUGUCCCAAAGAGCUGAGGUCACCGUCAGUGUCAGAGCCCACCGGGAGAAUGACAGGCACAAUUUCUCCUGCCAAGCAGACCUGGAUCUGAGCCCACAAGGCGGGGGGUUGUUUCACGGUAGCUCCGCCACCAAGCAACUCCGGAUCUUUGAAUUCUCUCAGAAUCCCCAGAUCGGGGUGCCUUCACUGCUGGAAGUUGGCAAGGCCGAGACUGUGAGCUGUGAGGUGACUAGAGUGUUCCCAGCCCAGGAAGCUGUCUUCCAAAUGUUCCUGGAAGACCAGGAGCUGAGCCCUUUCUCCUCCUGGAGGGAAGAUGCAGCAUGGGCCAGCGCCACCAUUCGGGCCAUGGAGACCGGUGACCAGGAGCUGACCUGCCUUGUGUCUCUGGGUCCCGUGGAGCAGAAAACAAGGAAACCAGUGUAUGUCUACAGUUUCCCUCCACCCAUCCUGGAGAUAGAAGACGCUUAUCCUCUGGCAGGGACGGCCGUCCAUGUGACCUGCUCGGGUCACGUGUUGACGUCACCUAGCCCGACUCUUCGGCUUCAGGGAUCGCUAAACCUCUCUGCUCCUGGGGAGCCUGCCCGGCUUCUGUUCACUGCCAGGGAGGAAGAUGACGGCCGGACUCUGUCCUGCGAGGCCUCUUUGGAGGUGCAGGGCCAACGAAUGGUCAAAACCACCGAGAGCCAGCUUCAUGUCUUAUACAAGCCAAGGUUUCAGGAAUCCGGCUGCCCUGGCAACCAGAUAUGGGUAGAAGGCAUGGAGCAGAUACUUGCCUGCAGCCCAGAGGGAAACCCCACCCCAGCUUUGGUGUGUGUCUGGAAUGGGAUGAUCUUUGAUCUUGAUGUACCUCAGAAGGCCACCCAGAACCAUACGGGCACCUACUGCUGCACAGCCACCAACCCACUAGGCUCCGUUAGCAAAGACAUUGCUGUCGUUGUCCAAGGCCUGCCUGAGGGAAUCAGCUCCUCCACCAUCUUUAUUAUCAUCAUUUUCACCCUGGGCGUGGCUGUCAUCACCUUAGCAUUAUACCUGAACUACCAACCCUGCCAAAGAAACAGCAGGAAACGGACGCUCAGGCAGAAGGAGCUGAGCAAAGGCGACGAGAUCCAGUUCUCGGAUGUUCAGGCCGAGGAGCGCCACGCGCAUCUCUGCUGACCACAGACAGCUCUCUGCUUGAGUGCGACUCCAGCUAUUGGGGUACAGCGGUGCAAGAGUGGGCCAAGGAGGAAGGAGGAGACGAGUGAGGCUUCACAUGCUAGCAUUCGUUGCCCCCAGCUCAGGGUUUCAGGGCCCCGCGUGGCUCCCAGCCAGUCUAUCUGGAGCUCUUUUCUCUUUUGAAUUUAUUCCAGUUUGUAGACAUUUCAGUCUGACAGUUCCAUCUGGAGAGCGGUCCUCUCACUCUUACUCUGUAUUUAACUCUCAGGCACACAGAAGGCCCUGCUAUUGCCCCUCAUUCCCACCACCUGCCUGCCUCUCAAACAACAAAGGAGAAGGGCCAUCAGAAAUAUCCUGGAGUGCAUUGCUCAGGGUCUCCUGAUGACUAACGAGGAACUUACUUCAUAGUUCAGGGACAAGACUUCAUAGGACAGGUAGCAAACCAAUAGGCAGGAAUUAGAACUCUUCCCUUGACCAUAGUCACCUGCUCCCCAAACGGUGCCCGUAGACAUCUCGAAGGGUGCUGGCUGGUUAAGCUUCACCCCGUAACUCUCUGCAAUUUCACUUUGGGUCAGUGAAGUCGCUUACCUUGUUUUCUAACAAAACAAAAAACCAGGACUUACUAUGCAGCACAAGAUGGCCUCAAACAUGUGGUCCCCCAGCCUCAGCCUGCUGAGUGCUAGGAUUACCAUGACACCCUAACUUUUGGAGGGCAGCUUUAAAAUAGAGGAUAGAAUACUUUCAUGAAAUUGGUCUUAGGGUGGCACACUUUGAAUUUCUUCCUGUCAGAGGCAGAGUCACAGGUCUACUCUCCCUCUCCACAAGAAUUGCCUGUUUUCAUCGUCGGUGCCACAGAGUCCCACCUGGGAUGGAAGUACACAACACCAUGGCAGUGUGCUUAACACACAGGUGGGUCUCUGUUCUGUCACCAGAGUUCUCUGUGACUGGUUCAACCUAUGCAGUAGCAGCUCAGCUUCCUUCGCGGCCCUUGGGAAGGACUGUGUCUGCCUAGGUGACGGCUUGAAGACUAUCAAGCCAGGUCUUUGCUCCAGAGCUGUCAUGAAAUGUCUACUGAGAUGUUAGCUGUGGCAAAAUAAAAUAGGCUUUGUGAAUAUGAGUUUAUUCUCCCAUUGUCGUAAGUGAAGCUUUUGUUAUGUUAAGCUAAAUGGCUGCGUCUGGGAACUUUGAGUACAGCUUCCAGCUGGUGACGCGAGCAGGGCGUUCCAGGCAGCAGCAGUGUUUCCUGCUCUCAGAACCAAAGCUCGCACUCGUACCCGGUUUCCACCUUACCAGCUAGAAACAAUGCAGCAGAAGAUACCAAAGGUGUCUCCCUUUCUUCCUGGACCAUCCUGAAUCUGAGGUUAAGGAUUUGGUAUAAAAAUUAUCCUUUGGGGGCUGGAGAGAUGGCUCAGUGGUUAAGAGCACUGGCUGCUCUUCCAGAGGUCCUGAGUUCAAUUCCCAGCAACGACAUGGUGGCUCACAACCAUCUGUAAUGAGAUUGG